GGCACCUCCUUGGGCAUAUAUUGCAUGUGCUUGUGGCCUUUUCAUCUAUCAGUCUUUGGAUGCAAUAGAUGGGAAACAGGCAAGAAGAACCAAUAGUAGUAGUCCUCUGGGAGAACUAUUUGACCAUGGCUGUGAUUCAUUGUCCACAGUCUUCGUGGUUUUGGGAACGUGUAUCGCUGUGCAACUGGGGACAAAUCCUGACUGGAUGUUUUUCUGCUGUUUUGCUGGGACAUUCAUGUUUUACUGUGCACACUGGCAGACAUAUGUCUCUGGAACAAUGCGCUUUGGAAUAAUUGAUGUGACUGAAGUGCAAGUCUUCAUAAUAAUCAUGCAUUUACUGGCAGCGAUUGGAGGACCUACGUUUUGGCAAACUAUGAUUCCAGUGUUAAACAUUCACAUGAAAAUACUUCCAGCUAUUUGUACAGUAGCAGGAACCAUAUUCUCUUGUACAAACUACUUUGGUGUGAUCUUCACAGGUGGAGUUGGCAAAAAUGGAUCAACCAUAGCAGGGACAAGUGUCCUUUCACCAUUUCUUCACAUUGGAACUGUCAUAACAUUAGCUGCCAUGAUCUACAAAAAAUCUGCUGUGGAACUUUUUGAAAAACAUCCUUGCCUCUAUAUACUGACUUUUGGGUUUGUUUCUGCUAAGAUAACUAACAAACUAGUGGUUGCUCAUAUGACCAAAAGCGAGAUGCACCUCCACGACACAGCAUUCAUAGGUCCAGCACUUUUGUUCUUGGAUCAAUAUUUUAAUAGCUUUAUUGACGAAUACAUUGUACUUUGGAUUGCCUUGAUUUUUUCUCUUUUUGAUUUACUCCGAUAUUGUGUCAGUGUCUGCAAUCAAAUUGCUUCCCAUCUUCACAUCAGUGUCUUUAAGAUCAAGACCUACAGUACGUAUUCAAAUCAUCACUAGGUUGUUGCAAUAACUAGUAGCUGUUUUCUACAAGAGAGAAUGUGGUUAUAUUAAGGAGUCUACAGAAACUGGAGCAGAUAGGAACAAAUCUAAUUUAUAAUAAUGUUGUAUAACUAAUUUUGUUAUGGAUGACACUUCCUAGUUAGACAGUCCACCAACAAAAGGAGAAACCCAAGUAUUCUCCAAACGUCUAUAUUAUCAGGUCCAUGGUUGUAUACCUAGAGAAGCAUGCAGAGAAUAAGGCUUUGUCAUUGUAAUUACCUUGACAAUAAACCAGGCUCUCAGAUAAAUGGAUUCCUAACAACAGGAAUUUCUAAUAGUGUAUUUACAAGCUAUAAGGUUAUUUGCUUUUAAUUAUCCUUUAAAGUGCUCAUUUAAUAUUGUCCCAAAAGUAUAAUUAUUAAUUGCCUUGAGAGACUCUGGCAUCUCACUACCUUUGGUAGCUGGAAUAUUUUGGACUUGAGCCUAGAUUCAUCACCAGUUGCUGAUAACUGUGGUUAGUUUUUAAGAAAACAGGUACUUCAUGUUAUUUGCAUUGUCUCUCGAAGCUGGCAUCUUGAAAUGCUAUCUUUGGAAGCAAUCCACUGUGGCUGAUCAUUUUGUCAUUGCACAUUGUACACAGCCACUGUGCUUGAUAAAUUACAUCUUUUGUCUUUAAAAAUCUAACCCUAAGUCCCCUAAGAUGUGGGAUGAUUGUCAGCAUGCAGUAUAGUGUGUUAUCUGUCAAUUUAUUUUUUAAAAUAAACACUUUAAAAUAAAUUUUCAGUUUUUUUUUUCCAGUGGAAAGUCUAUACAAAAUUUGCAGUUACUUUUUGUAUAAAA